AAUGAAAUGAGUGUUGUUUUACCGAGCUAAACUAAUGUACAAUAUCGACGAGGCACGUCAAGUUCCAUGUCUUCAAAGGCCGUUUACGAAGAGUCUGCUAAGUCAAUAAUUUAUCAAUCUAUAUGCUGUUCACAAUUGUCAAAAAACCCUCUCCGGGUUUUUGAAGCAGGCAGUGACUUAAGUACUGUGACAGAUGAUUGGAUAUUACAAGGCAACCUUGUCAGUAAACCGGAUGUGCUUAUUAAACGCAGAGGAAAACUGGGUCUGGUGUUUGCAGGUUUAAAGUGGACAGAUGUGCAGAAACAACUGAGUAAAUUUCUAGGACGUAGUCUCAAUAUUGGUUCUACUUCUGGGAUUCUUGAUCGCUUCAUUAUCGAGCCUUUUGUGCCACAUGAACAGUCAGAAGAAUAUUAUCUAUGCAUAUAUACACAAAGGCAUUCCAAUGUUAUUCUUUUCCAUCAUGAAGGUGGUGUAGAAGUUGGUCAAGUGGAUUUAAAAGCAAAACGUUUUGAAGUAUCCGUGGAAAGUCUGAUGAAAGGUGAUAAUUCUGAAGAAGGAAUGAAGGCGGGUUGUUCUGUGAAUCAGAUACUUCAAAGUACACUUCUUUCAGAGGUGAAAUGUCCAAUACGUGCACAAAUGCUAGCAGAAUUUAUUGUUGAAUUACACGCUGUAUUUGAUCGCCUGCAUUUCACCUAUUUGGAGAUUAAUCCAUUAGUUAUAUGCAAAUGGAAUCCACUCAAUAAUGAUGAUGAUGAUAGCAGCUUAUACCUUCAUAUAUUGGAUGUGGCGGCGAAAUUAGAUCAAUGCGCUGAACACUUGUUCACAUCAAGUAUAGAAUGGACAGUGAAUGGAAAAAUGCUGGAAUUUCCAUAUGGUUUUGGUAAAAGUCAAAGUAAAGAGGAAGCUUAUAUAGCCAAGUUGGAUGCACGUACUGGAGCCUCAUUGAAAUUAUCAAUUCUUAAUCCAGAUGGUCGUAUAUGGACAAUGAGUGCUGGUGGUGGUGCUUCAGUCAUCUAUGCUGACACAGUGUGCGAAUUAGCUGAAAGAGUUAAAGCAGCUGGCGGUGUAAGUCAAGGUGCUAAAGAUUUAGCCAAUUACGGGGAAUAUUCUGGUGCACCAUCGGAAGAGCUGACAUAUGAAUAUUCAAAAACUUUGUUAUGUCUAAUGACAAAUGGAGAUCCACAUCCAGAUGGCAAAGUUUUGUUAAUCGGUGGAGGGAUUGCAAAUUUUACAAAUGUUGCUGCCACUUUCAAAGGUAUUGUACGUGCAUUGACAGAAUUCAAGGAGAAACUUCAAGCACAUAAGAUACGUAUAUUUGUACGUCGUGCUGGUCCAAAUUAUCAAGAAGGUCUUCGAGUUAUGCGUGAAUUAGGUCAUACAAUUAAUGUACCAAUUUAUGUAUUCGGUCCUGAAACACAUAUGACGGCUAUUGUAUCAAUGGCAUUUGGUCUACGUGAAAUACCUUCACCAAAACCAGGUUCUUCGCAUACAACCACAUCGGUUAGCUUAUCGUUGUGUAAUCUUAAUACAUCUAGUCAUCAUGACUACAACAAGAAUAAAGACAAAUCGUCUGUGAUGAUUAAUCAGAAUCAUAAAAUUUCUGAAUUUGACAAUCAACAAAUGUUGAAUCUUCAUAUGACACACGAGACACUAUUCACUAAAGAGACAAAAUGUUUAGUAUGGGGGUUACAAGUGAAAGCUGUUCAGUCAAUGCUAGACUUUGAUUAUGCUUCAGAACGUGAUAGCCCAAGUGUUGCGGCUUUAAUUUAUCCUUUCAACGAUGAUCAUCAGAUGAAAUUCUACUGGGGUGCCAAGGAAUUAUUCCUACCAGUGUAUAAGAAUAUGUUGAAUGCAAUGCACCGGCAUCCAGAAGCUCGUGUUCUAGUGAAUUUCGCUUCACUACGUGUUGCCUAUGAUGUGUGCAUGGAAGCUAUGCAAGUGGAUUGUAUUCAUCAUCAUCCUUCUAAUCUAAUGAAUAACAGUGAUGAAACUGAGAAUAAUAGUGGACAGGAACCACAAAUCAAGUGUAUUGCUGUUAUUGCUGAAGGGAUACCAGAGAAUUUUACGCGUCGGUUAAUUCAACGAUCAAAAGAAAGAAAUGUUCUGUUGAUUGGUCCAGCGACUGUGGGUGGUUUAAAGGCUGGUUGCUUUAAAAUUGGGAACACAGGCGGAAUGACAGAUAAUAUACUUGCUUCAAGACUUUAUCGUCCAGGAAGUGUUGCUUAUGUCUCCCGAUCUGGUGGAAUGUCCAACGAACUGAACAAUAUCAUCUCGAUUAAUUCAGAUGGUGUUUAUGAAGGUGUAGCUAUCGGUGGGGAUCGUUUCCCUGGUUCAACAUUUCUUGAUCAUAUUCUACGUUAUGAAGGCAAUCCUGAAGUUGGUAUGAUUGUUGUAUUGGGUGAAGUUGGUGGUGUUGAAGAAUACGCCUUAAUCGAUGCUGUCAAAUCAGGUAAAGUGAAAAAGCCAAUUAUAGCCUGGUGUAUUGGUUCAUGUGGAGAAUUAUUAGCCGCUGUAGAUGAUACAGGCAGUGGAUCAAUUCAAUUUGGUCAUGCUGGUGCAUGUGCUAAUUCAUUGAAGGAAACGGCUACCGCCAAAAAUAAAGCGUUGGCUGACGUUGGAAUACAUGUACCUUCAUCAUUCGAUGAAUUGGAUCUGUUGAUUAGACGUGUAUUCGAUGAUCUUGUGCGUAGUGGUCAAUUGAUCCCGAAACCAGAUCAUUCACCUAGAACUGUACCAAUGGAUUAUUCAUGGGCAAAAGAAUUAGGUUUGAUUCGUCGACCAGUUGCAUUUACUUCAACGAUAUGCGAUGAUCGUGGUGAAGAAUUACUAUAUGCUGGAUUGCCUAUUAGUCAAGUGAUUGAAGAAGAAUUAGGCAUUGGUGGAGUUCUUAGCUUGCUGUGGUUUAAACGAAGAUUACCUGAAUAUGCAAGGAAAUUUCUUGAACUUUGUUUAAUCAUCACAGCUGAUCAUGGUCCAGCUGUUUCUGGUGCGCAUAAUACAAUAGUGACAACACGAGCUGGAAAAGAUUUAAUCUCAAGUCUUGUCACGGGUUUACUAACCAUUGGUGAUAGAUUUGGUGGUGCUUUAGAUGCGGCAGCACGUCAAUUUUCAAAUGCUUAUGACACAGGCCUAUCACCUGUCCAGUUUGUUAAUCAAGAACGUCAAGCAUCACGUUUAAUUAUGGGUAUUGGACAUCGGAUAAAGUCAAUUACAAAUCCAGAUAAACGUGUCCAACUGUUAUCAAAUUAUGUUCAUCAGCAUUUUCCAGCGACACCAAUUAUUGAUUAUGCAUUUGAAGUAGAAAAGGUGACCACUUCUAAGCGUCCAAAUUUAAUUCUCAAUGUUGAUGGAAUGAUCGGUGUAGCUAUGGUCGAUUUACUAAGAAAUUGUGGUCAUUUCACAAGAGAGGAAGCAGAUGAAUAUGUCAAUAUUGGUACACUGAAUGGUUUAUUUGUCUUGGGUCGAUCAAUCGGUUUUAUUGGUCAUCAUUUGGAUCAAAAACGCUUACAUCAAGGCCUAUAUCGUCACCCAUGGGAGGAUAUAUCCUAUAUGCUACCGAAAGAUCUGUAAUCCCAGAAGCAUAGACAUCUGCGCCCACCGGCGCGCGCACACACACACCCAAACACACACAAAUAAGAGAUAUUAAAAAGCUCUAUAUAAUACACGAAAAAGAAGCAAAAAUUAUCAAGUGUCUAUUCUCUAUGCGUGCGUGUGUGUGUGUGUCUCAUUGUUACUUAAUUUAUUAUUAUUUAUCUUUAUCAUGUCAAUUGGAAUGCAUUUCCUCGUUCGCCCAUUGUGCCCCUACAUCGACCUUUGCCCCCUGCCCACACCAACUCCAUUUUGUUUUAUCUCUCAUUCGCUUGUCCUCCUUCUCUUUGCCUUUGUGUGUGUGUGUGUGUUUGUGUGUAAUGUGUAUCUGAGUAGAGUGUUAUGUUGAAGAGUGGAAAGGAGAAAGAGUUCGAUGAAAGUUGAGGUUUUGAGAACAGAGAUAAAGGAAUGUGUAAGGGUUUUGGGAGUUGGUAAGGGAUGGGAACAUCAACAGGUGUCAAAUGAUGGGUGUCGGUGAGACAGAGAGAGAGAGAGAGGAUGAAAAUAAUCGUUAUUUGUCUUAUUUACUACUUCCGUUAUCCUCAUGUAGGAAUUAUCGUCAUUAUCAUCAUGGAAGGUGUUCAGUCAUUCCAUCUCCACUACUAUCUAUUAAUUCUAUUAUUAUUAUUAUUAUUAUUAUUAUUAUUUAUAAGACAGGGUUUUCCAUGUUUUCAUUUCCACAUUCUCCCAUCCAUCGUUUCGUCUAUGUCUAUUUAUUUUUCUACUACUACGUAAUUCUACAGUCUUAUCAAUCAUGUGCCCUUCCUCCAGUCUCACUUGUGGUGACAUCUCUCACCUCCUCCUCUAUUUAUUCAUCUCUAUCAUUUAAGAUUGAAAAAAAGACGUAAGGAAGUUAUAGAGUGAGUGACCUUCUCCAAAUACAUUCAUCUAUUUAGGCGCCUAUUGUUAGACUUCAUAGCUUCACCUACUCCUUAUCUUUGAAAUACUUCAAAUGGUUGUGCUCUAUCUAUCUGUCUAUGGUUGUGAACACUGCACUGCACUGCACUACACAGCACAACACUAAUACUACUGCUACUACGUUGUCGAGGACGACGGCGCCGUUGCCGCCGACUGCUACUGCCUAACACUACCAUUAUGUGAGUUGAUUAUAUGAAGGAUUUAUGAUUUAUGAAGGCUUCAAUUGUAACAAUGACAAUAUAAGUAGUAGUAUUUAGUAGUAUAGAUAUGUGUGUGUGUGUGCAUGUGUAUUUUCUAAUGAGCUCGCUUCUUUUUCUACCUGCCUAUUUGUUUGUUUGCCUGGUUUGUUUAUUUAGAAAAUUUAUAUAAGAAAUAAGUAAAAGGUUGUUUAUUUAUUUAUUGAUUUAUUAGAGAAACUUUAUUUUUUCAUAAAAAAAUCUUUGAUAUACACAUAUAUCCAUCUACCAUUAGUGCUUUUUUUAAAAUAUAUCUUCAGAGGAGGAGUGUUCAUUGAAUGGAUUUAAGUGGGGUUGUGGAUUGUUGACUCCAUAUAUCUAUCGCCGUAUCUUUUGGCUAUUAGUCUCUUAUCUCUCUCUCUCUCCCUUUCCCUGUGUCUGUCUUAUACUCACCAUUUUAUCCCUCUUAUUUAUUUAUCUAUUUAUUUAUUUAUUGAUGUAAUAGCGGAGAAAAUAAUAAAAUAGUAUUUCUGCUC